AUGAGAAAAGAGUUUACUUGGAACAAUGGUCGGUUAGAUACAGAAUCUGUCUUCUUGCGCCUUGACCGUGCCAUUUGUAAUGAAGCUUGGACUGAUUUUUGGGGAAAUACUUCUUGCACGGCUCUUGUGAGGACACAGUCAGAUCACCACCCAUUAUUGGUUACUAUGGAUACUUCUGGUGUGCGAAGGACGACCUCAUUUAAAUUUUUUAAAACUUGGGUUCCCCAUGAUGAAUGCCGCCCCCUGAUUAUCUCCUCUUGGCAAAAACAUGUUGUUGGGUCAGGAAUGCACAGGUUACAGUCAAAGCUACUCAAUGUUAAAAAGGCCUUCCGGAUUUGGAAUAAAGCAGUUUUUGGUGAUGUGCAAAAUCAAGUCAAGUUGGCAGCUGACGAGGUUACCCGCAUUCAGAACUUGAUUGAUGCUUCAGGCUUGGAUUCCAAUCUUCAUCAGUUAGAGUUACACGCGCAGCUAGCUCUGACUAGAGCGAUGAAUUUCCAGGAUCAAUUUUGGAGAGAAAAAGCUAGAAACCAGAGUUUUAUUUAUGGGGAUAGAAACACGGCUUAUUUUCAUCGUAUGGCUCGUAUUAAAGCAUCUUCUAAACCGAUACCUACAGAAAUUGAGGAACAUGUGCUGACAUACUUUCAGAAUAUUUUUGGUGGUGUGAAUAAUUGCAUUGACAAUGGCUUGGUUGCGAAAGUUAUUCCGACGCUGGUCUCGAUAGAGGAAAAUGCUGCUUUAAUUGCCAUGCCUUUAUUUAAUGAAAUUAAGAAUGCGGUGUUUGACAUGAAUGCAGAUGGCGCUCCGGGCCAUGAUGGCUUUGGGGGACAUUUUUAUCAGCAUUUUUGGGACAUUGUUGGGGUCGAUGUUGUCAGUUCAGUACAACAAUUUUUUUACACGGGGCAUUUGAUUCCUAAUCUCAAUGCUAACAUUUUGGUGUUGCUUCCUAAAGUCCCAGGUGCUGCCUCCAUGGGGGACUUUAGACCUAUUGCUCUGGCCAACUUUCAGUUCAAAGUCAUUACUAAAAUUUUGGCUGACAGACUUGCUCUUAUUUGUAUGUGUAUAAUCUCGCCACAACAAAGGGGAUUUGUACGCGACCGCAACAUUUCAGAUUGUGUGAUUAUUGCUUCGGAGGUGAUCAACUCGUUAUCAAAGAAACAAUAUGGUGGUAACAUAGCCAUCAAGGUAGACAUCCGCAAGGCGUUUGACACUCUUGAUUGGAAUUUUUUAGUAUCAGUAUUGAAACAAUUUGGUUUCAGUAACCUUUUCUGUGACUGGAUUUUUUCUAUCUUGCGAUCAGCUCAUCUCUCUAUUUUGGUUAAUGGUAAAGCCGUUGGUUAUUUCUCUUGCACUAGAGGCGUGCGCCAAGGAGACCCUCUUUCUCCAUUAUUAUUUUGUCUCGCAGAAGAAUGUUUAAGUCGAUUUCUUGAAUUGGAGCGGGUUUCCAAUUCUUUGCAGCCCAUGUCCUACUGUAGAGGUAUUUCGCUUCCGACGCAUGUUCUUUAUGCGGAUGAUGUCUUUAUUUGUUGUGUUGGUUCGAGGAAAAAUAUUAGAUGUCUGCUUCAUAUCUUCCAAACUUAUUCUGACACCUCCGGACAGCUUGUAAAUUUUGAUAAAAGCAAAAUGUUUACCGGGGCUAUGACUGUUACUCGGAGGAAUAUGUUAUCUCAUUUGUCCGGGUUUGCCGUGGGCUCAAUCCCUUUCCAAUAUUUAGGCUGCCCCAUCUUCCAAGGUAAGCCUAAAUGCAGUCAUUUUCAACCGAUUGUUGAUCGUAUUAAGGUGAAGCUCGCCACUUGGAAAGGAGUUCUUUUAUCCAUCAUGGGUAGGGUCCAAUUGGUGAAGUCGAUAAUACAUGGUAUGCUGGUUUACUCAUUUCAUAUCUAUCGGUGGCCUAUUAGUUUAUUGAAGAUGUUGGAUAGAUGGAUCAAAAAUUUUGUUUGGAGUGGUGAUAUUUCUACUCGCAAAGUUUGUACUGUUUCGUGGAACCAAGUUUGUCUUCCUUGGGAGUUUGGAGGCCUUGAUCUCAAAUCUACCCGCACCAUAAAUUCCUCUUUGUUAUUGCAUCGCAGCUGGUGUCUUUUCACACAAGACUCGCAAUGCUCUCGCCUCUUUCAGCAGCGGUUCCUUUCCUAUGGUCUCCCUCGCACAAGGUACUUUAAAUCUUCUAUUUGGCCUGGUGUGAGCGAAUUCUUGAAUGUGGUGACUGAAAAUUCAGUUUGGAUAAUUGGUAAUGGCAACAAUAUUAAUUUGUGGCUGGACAAUUGGAUGGACACUUCUUUGGUUUCUUUGUUAAAUGUUCCGAGGCAUAUGUUUCCUUCCCUUACGGUGAAACUUUCCACGGUAAUUGUUGAUGGUACAUGGCAGAUCCCUCGACCUCUUAUUGAUUUCCCAAACGUAGCAGCGCAGGCUUUAAGUAUCACACUUCCGGUCACUCCUUUACCGGACAAGCGGGUUUGGAAGCAUGCUACUGAUGGCGUUCUUACUGCUAGGCUUGCACAUCUGUUUUUGCGGCCUAAUCUUGUUUGUCUUGAUUGGCCGGUAGUUAUUUGGAGAACUUGCAUUCCUCCCUCACAUUCUUUUGUUUUCUGGCGCAUGAUGUUGUCUAAGCUCCCAACUGAUGAGAACUUACGAAUGCGGGGCUGCACCUUAGUUUCGGUUUGUGUCCUUUGCUUCAAGCAGGCUGAAACAUCAUCACAUUUAUUUCUUGAAUGUGACUUUGCGGUUUCUGUUUGGAGAUGGUUGAGCGUUAAAUUACAAUGCAAUAUCUCGCUGCUAUCUUUCUCCUCCAUUCUUGAUUGCAUUCCGCCGCGCUGCAGCUCUCAGGUUUCAGAUGUAUUUGCUGCUGCCCUCGUUCAUACGGUGCACACUAUUUGGUUGGCAAGAAAUGCAAUUCGGUUCAGCUCUUUAAAAGCUACUCUUCAUAACACUUUCGCAAAAAUUUCUACUUUGGUAACCAUGUCGGGUGUAAGUUCUACCGGUAAUUGUGUUAUUGGUGAUGUUGAUUUGUUACAUAGCCUGUUAAUUCCUCCAUCACACCGUCGUGUUAGGGAUAUUGUUUCAGUUAUUUGGAAGCCUCCAACAAUUACUUGGGUGAAGGCGAACACGGAUGGAUCCGUUAUUGGUAUUAAUUCUUCUUGUGGGGGAAUUUUUCGAGAUUUUACAGGCGCUUACUUGGGAGGCUUUUCUAGCAAUCUUGGAGAGGGAACCGUCUUUGAAGCGGAGCUUACAGGUCUUAUGCUUGCUAUGGAAUAUGCGGCAAGACAUAAUUGGUCCAGGUUAUGGCUAGAGAGUGAUUCAUCUGGUGCGGUUCAUGCUUUUAAAAAUCAUUCCGCCAUUCCUAUGCGUUUCAGAAACCGUUGGCAUAAUUGCAUGCAACUUGGUUUAUUUGUUAUCUGUUCUCAUAUUUACAGGGAAGGUAAUGGUUGUGCAGAUGCUAUGGCUUCAUUGGGACAUGAAUUGACUGACACUACUUGGUUCCACAUUAUGCCAGUUUCUUUGUCAAUUGAUUUCACUAGAGAUAGAAAUGGCAUGCCUAACUUUAGAUUUCCGUAG